ACUUGGGCUUUUAAAAGAAUGAAACAGAUAAUAAAACCCUAAUUUCUGGUUUUGAAAACCUUUCUUCCUUCCGCUUGAUUUCAUCCGUGAGAGAAAUGGCGCAGAGGCUCACAUAUCGUAAACGCCAUAGCUAUGCUACGAAGUCCAACCAGCACCGCAUCGUCAAAACUCCUGGUGGAAAACUAGUAUACCAGAACACCAAAAAGAGGGCUAGUGGUCCUAAAUGUCCUGUUACUGGAAAGAGAAUUCAAGGGAUUCCUCACUUGAGACCUACGGAAUACAAAAGGUCUCGAUUGCCAAGGAAUAGAAGAACUGUGAAUCGUCCUUAUGGUGGAGUUUUGUCUGGUAGUGCUGUCCGAGAACGGAUCAUUAGAGCAUUCCUAGUUGAGGAACAAAAGAUAGUGAAGAAGGUUUUGAAGAUCCAAAAAACUAAAGAAAAGCAGGCUGGAAAGAGUUGAACGUAGGAGCAUCCGUUGUUUGAUGUUAAAAUUUUGGAGCUUUGUUGAAACAAAUUAUGAGAAUUGGGAAUGUGAACAGUUUCUAGUGCAACUUUGUCGACUACCCAACAUUUCUAUG